GACAAUUAAUGUUUACGGAUAUCAGCUUGAUCGUCUGGGAUCGAUUUAAACAGAUUUUUGAUCAAAUCAAGACCAAUAAUAAUUUUAGUUUAGAGGAGAUGUAUCCUUCAGUAGCUAUGGACAUUCGAUCAUUGGGAGAGAAUAUUAAAAAGAAGAUAGUACAAGGGUUGUACGAAAGAAAUAUUAAAAAGAAAAAUGGUUUUCUUAACGAAUGUAAGAUGGAACCUAUCAAGAGGAAGGAAGGGGCGGAGAUACUUCUUAGAGCAUACAGAGAGCACAAAACCAAUGCUGGAGCACAGGUGACCCACUCGGUUAAAAGACCAUUCACCGAGCUAGCAUUGGAACACUAG